AUGUUGUGUGUACCACAGGAAAACCACAACCUCUAUAUCUGUAGCCUCUUUUGUCUAUUCACAUUGAAAGCAUCAGUAAUACAGGCGAGAUUCCCGGUACAGCAUGCUAAACUGGAAAAAAAGAUUAAUAAUAAUAAUAAAAGAAAACUUGUUGUGAAGAAGACGCGGGAAGUACUCCUUUGUGCUCUUGUGGCAGGGGUCCUCGUCAACAACACCACCGGUGUUUCAUUUGAGCGGACGAUGUUCACCGUCAAUAUUCUUCACAAGCAAAGUACAUUCCAGAAUGAUCACGGUAAUUCAUCACAAACAACUGCAGAUAGCGUGCAUGCAACAGAAUACUGUGAAACCGCUAGCACACGGAAGCGACCAGUGACGAACAGCUCGGCGAUAACUGAUUCGUCAUUAAUGUUAAUCGCGUGCCCGAUAUGUUGUUUACUUUUAGUUUUUGUCCUUGGCAUUUUCUGUUGUAUAGCCAUUGUCAAAAUUUUGAGCCUGUAA